UUAGAUCCUUCAGUGGGUGCAGAGAGAAUGUCAAAUGCGUACGAUACUUGGAUGAUUUCACCGUUUGUGUUGCGGUCUGGAUUGGUUCAUCAUGGUGUAUCAGGCCCAUCCAGAACAAGACACGCGCGCUCCGAGUAUCCUGUCCGCCGUCUGGAUAACUACUGUGUAUUUCGUGGCAGCAAUCCACUUCCCCGCCUCCCUCCCAUCCGAGCUGGCUAUCCUGUUGGUGAACAUUCUUUUCUGUUUAGCAUCCAGUCACAACGUCUUCUGCUUCUGCUUGGUUCUCGACACCCCACCCUGUAUUGCUCGAAAAGGUAUCCUCGGGACAGCGUUAUCCCGCAGCCCCACCCACUAGCACUGGUCUUCCAGUUUCCUGUCGGCUGGCCGUCCAUUUGAGGUACCACAGUAUACUGGCGAAUGGGCUACGAUCACGGAAUCAACUUGCUCGUUCUGACGUGCGUUUACAG